UCUCGGGGUGGUGUGGCCACCUCUGAAGCCAUUCAACUCCUGAGCCGCCACUCCGCCGCGGAGCUUCUCCCAGCUCUGCAACUCCGCCGCCAUACCCGAAGACCCCAUCUCCUCUCUCUCCCUCUUCUCCAGCUCGAAAUCUGCAGAUGCCUAAUCUGCCCGUAUAGCUUCAUCCCUCAAUGACCCUCGGCUUCAGAGCUUCAAGAGCUUUGGCCCCGUCUUCUUCUGCUCUCGAAACCAAGGUCCGCCUCCUCUUCUCCCUGCGCUCCUCCUCCUCCCCCGACUGCUCGGCGAAGAACCCAUCAGCUUACAGGGACCUCAUUCUCCGCACAGUCGAGGACAGGCCCUUUGCGUUCUGUGUCAAGAAGUGGGCCGGCCGCCAAUUUGCCGAAGUCGUCGCCGACCCCGACCUCCUCGUCCGAGUCCUCGAUUCCGUCCGAGAAAGGCCCAGGGCAGCCCUGAGGUUCUUGAGGUGGGUGCAGCGCCAGAAAGGCUUCAACUUGGGCGCCUCCAAGAAUGCUUUCUGUUUGGUUCUUGAAAUCCUUGCUGAGAACAAUCUGAUGAGACCUGCCCAUUGGGUUGUUGAGCAAGUCAUAAGCUCGGAUAUGGAAGGCGUAGUCGAUUGCCUGAUGGGGAAGGGUGUGAGGUUGGAGAUUUUGGCUCGUAUGCUCGACCUCUUGUUGUGGGUUUGCACGAAAAAGUCUAUGGUUGAGCAGUGCUUAGUGACCUUUGAUAAGAUGGUUUGGAAUGGGGUGUUGCCUGAUGUGAGAAACUGUAAUAGAAUCCUCAGGAUACUUAGAGAUUACAAUCUGGGGUUCAAAGUGAGGGAAGUCUAUCGGAUGAUGGACGAGUUUGGGAUUAAGCCAACCAUCGUCACGUAUAACACUUUGCUGGAUUCAUACUGCAAGGAAGGGGAAGUGCAGGAGGCACUGGAGCUUCUCACAGAGAUGCAAGUGAGAGGCUAUUUUCCCAACAAUGUGACCUAUAACAUACUGAUCAAUGGGUUGUCUAAGAAAGGCGAGCUGGAGCAGGCUAAGGAGCUGAUCGAGGAGAUGGUGAAGCUGGGCCUGAAGGUUUCGGCGUAUAGUUAUAAUCCCUUAAUUAGCGGGUAUUGCAGUAAAGGUUUGCUUGUUGAGGCACUGGGCCUUGGUGAUGAGAUGGAAGGUAGAGGGGCAUCUCCUACGGUGGCAACAUACAAUGCUUUGAUGCUCGGCCUCUGCAAGGGCGGAAGACUGCAUGAUGCUAGAGAAAAGUUUCUUCUUAUGUCAGAAAGGAAUAUGCAUCCUGAUCUGGUUUCUUACAACACUCUCAUAUAUGGUUACUGUAGGGAGGGGUACCUAGAGGAGGCUCUUCGCUUAUUAAAAGAGAUAAGGCGAGGCAAACUCGUUCCAAACGUGAUCACAUACAACACUCUUAUACACGGUGCUUGCAUAUCAGGGAAUCUCGAGGCUGCCCUGCAUCUCAAAGAGGAGAUGAUUUAUCGGGGCAUUAGCCCUGAUGUAUGGACCUACACAAUUCUGGUUAAUGGAUCUUGUAAGAUGGGGAAUUUAUGGCUGGCAGAGAAUUUCUUUAAUGAAAUGUUGCAGCGAGGACUUGAGCCUGACCAUGUAUUCUACACAACCCGCAUAGCACGCGAACUUAAACUGGGCCAGGUGGAUGCAGCAUUUGGUCUGCAAGAAGAAAUGCUCGCAAAGGGUUUUCCUCCCAAUUUGAUCACCUAUAAUAUCUUGGUUAAUGGGUUAGGCAAAUCGGGCAAUGUGGAAAAAGCGAUUGAUCAGUUGCAGAGGAUGGUUCACAAUGGCCUUCUGCCUGAUCAUAUAACAUUUACAAGCAUCAUCCAUGCCUAUUUGGAGAUGGGCCAUCUUAGAAGAGCCCUACAGGUAUUGUAUGAGAUGCAGGGCAAAGGCUUGACACCUACUGUGGUGACAUACACUGUAUUGAUUCAUGCCCUUGCAGGUAAGGGUAUGCUGGAACUGGCAUUCAUGUACUUCAAGGAGAUGCACAGAAAUGGUAUUUCUGCUAAUGUCAUCACCUACAAUGCUAUGAUUAAUGGCCUGUGUAGAGUGAGACAAAUUGGUCAGGCUUACCGCUAUUUCACUUCAAUGCAUGAACGUGGAAUACAUCCAAAUAAGUAUAGCUAUACCAUCUUGAUAAAUGGAAACUGCGACGUUGGUAACUUGCGAGAAGCAUUGAAAUUAUACAGAGAAAUGCUGGAUAGGGAUAUUCAGCCUGAUUUUGUCACACACAGUGCAAUGAUGAAGCAUUUGGAUGAAGACUCCAAACUUCAUGUAGCUCAGUUCCUUGAAAGUUUAAUCACAAUGUGAGGAACAUGCUUGUGCAAAAACAUGAUAAAGCUUUGUGGUAUCCUGGGUAUCCAGUGAAGACAAGGGCUAUUACUUACGUGGAUCCCGACUAGUUGGGCUCUGCUGAGUGGCUUUGGGCAAACCUUGAAUAGGCUUCACUUGGGGCAUAACAGGAUGGAAAUUCUCAUUGCUGAAUUUGGAGGGUGAAGCCUUGAAUUUGAGUUUGAUUUUGUACAUACAACAUUCUUUGGACCUUGUAGUGGCCCCCAACUCAGAUGUACCUGAUUGUUCCUUAGAACUCCUUUUUAGUAAACACAAUAGGAAAGUGAGACAAAUAAUGAUUUGAGAGCUGACCUAGGUACUUAUUGAGAUACACAAACUUGUCGGGCACCAAGCAAUUCCUUUUUGAACAUGAUAUUUGUUCAUUCUUUUGAUAUCCCAUGAGAAAUAGAGGAGCAGUUAUUUGACUGCUGGGUUGAGCAGUUUGCACUGAAGGCAUUUUUUUGAAAUUGGCUUUGAGCACCUUGUAUUCUUACUUGUACUAUCAAUAAACAUUAUUGUGUAUGAUGUUGUUCGCAUUAUUUUCCCUUAAGUUGAAGUUACCGACUAAUUGGCUUUAACAUUUGGCGUGAUUGCCUUUCUAGUUCUUUGUAACAUGCGUAGCAUUAAUAAUCAACAAAGAAUAAUUUUUUGAUCUUUUAAUCUAAUUGAUCGAUAAUAAUAUGGUAAAACUCUGGGGGAAUCUUUAAGUUUAUUUGGUAUUGAUUGCAGGCUCUUCCAGAAUUUGGUGCAUGUCUAUACCAAAUCGAACUUAUUGUCCAGGUACUGAUUUUAUUACCCAGAUCUAUGUUUGAUCCAAAUCACGAGAAUUGCUUAACAUGAGUUUAGUUUCUGCUAAAUCCUUGACAGCCAUGUAGAAUGAGCCAAGCUGUGGAGAGAACUGAGCUGAAUCUAGUCACCAAUUAUUUUAUGGCUCCUUAGUUAUGGGAGGAUUUCGAUAAAAUGUGGCCAUUUUAGCUUUGUUUUUGUCCAGAUAUUGAUGCUUGCCUUCAUUUUAUGUUUGUCGCGGCAAAUUGCUCAUAUAUAGUGGCAGUAAAACGUAGCAAAAUCCAUAGGUACUUUAGUUAAAGUAUCUGAUGCUAGCUCAGAUCCUUCACAAGUAAGGUUUGUUUAAAGAGGAGAUUCCUUUUAGGCUUUCUUCUCAGUUAAGAAAAUGAGUGUAGUCCCUGUAAGUUGUCGUGACAGAUUCUAGUAAAAUCAUUGAUGUAUUCCUUGUUCAGCAUGGAGUAACAGACUGAAGCAAUGAGUUAUCUAGAAAAUAUGAAGACUAUAGAAAAGUUGGAAGGCAUUCUUGAUUUUGUAUUGGAAGAAUUAUAAACAAACUAUUUUGGAAGCCCAGUUGACAAGUCAUGAGAUUCCCAACUGUUGUGUGAUGUCUCACAUCAUUGUUUUCUUAGGUGCCCCAAUAUAAGUAUGAAGCAGUAGCUUUCCCUAAAUCACCUUAUUGGUGCCUUGAAUAAAGUCUAUUAUUAUGUUUUAACAAAUAAAAAACAAUGAGAAAGGGAUGGCAGGAAUUGUCAUACUAAGUGGCAAGAGGUUACACUAUGAUACUCCUAAGUAGUGGGCAAACAUCACGGUGUAAUUCCCGAUAGAUUUACUUGUCUCCUAUAUCUCCAUCAUAAUUAACUUGGUUCUUUGAACAUGCUGUACUGUGAUAAUAUUCUUUAGAACUUUUCGAGACAAUACCGAAUUAUAACAGGUCCUUCAAACCCUCUCCUCUAGACAUUGUCCCAAGUAUUGAAUAAGGUGUGACUGUUGUGACUCUGCAUAACAUGUCUUCUAUAGGAUUUGGAACAUAAAUUUUAGAAUUCAUGAAGUUCUAUAUAUCUGGAGAAACACAAGACUAUGAGCAUAUUCUUUACCUUGAAUAGUCUCUGAAGCCGCUCCAUCGUCAAAUUUGUUGCCAGGAUUGGUGAUGUUAUCAUGAAGCUUAGUUGUGGAGGCUCAACAUGUAAUAGAUAUACAUAUGUAUAUGUCAUUGCGCUCUAUAUUUACUUCUUUUUAUCAUUGUAUGCAUAAUCUCUUUCUGUUUCGAAGAUAUAGGGUUCAUCUUUUGCAAAUAUAUAGCUCUUCUGCAGCAAGUAGGUUGUUAUUUAGAAUAGGAAAUGUUUGUGGCGAAAUGCAAUCCGAUUCUCACAAUUUUGUGACUCUUUGGUGUAUAUUUUUAUAACAUUUUUAUGUUACCUUGUGCAAAAA